UAUAAGAACUGAGCCAGACAAAGGAGGACAGAGCAGAACCAUGAAUACUGUCCUGGAUAUGCUCCUGCUUCUGUUCAUCAUCAUCUACUCCUACUUGGAGUCACUGGUGAAGUUCUUCAUUCCCAGGAGGAGAAAAUCUGUGACUGGGGAGAUCGUUCUCAUCACUGGAGCUGGACAUGGCAUAGGCAGGCUGUCUGCCUAUGAGUUUGCAAAACAGCAGAGCAGACUGGUUCUGUGGGAUAUUAAUAAGCGCGGCAUUGAGGAGACCGCGGCUGAGUGUCGGAAACUGGGGGCCACCGCGCAUGCGUUUGUGGUGGAUUGCAGCAACAGAGAAGCCAUCUACAGCUCCGUGAAUCAGGUGAAGAAAGAAGUGGGUGAGGUAACCAUCUUAGUAAAUAAUGCUGGGACGGUAUAUCCAGCUGAUCUUCUUAGUACCAAGGAUGAAGAGAUUACCAAGACAUUUGAGGUCAACAUCCUAGGACAUUUUUGGAUUACAAAAGCUCUUCUUCCAUCAAUGAUGAAGAGGAACCACGGCCAUAUAGUCACCGUGGCUUCAGUGUGUGGCCACACAGUGACUCCUUACCUCAUCCCAUAUUGUUCCAGCAAAUUCGCUGCUGUUGGCUUUCACAGAGCUCUGACAUCAGAACUCCAAGCCAUGGGCAAAACUGGCAUCAAAACCUCGUGUCUCUGCCCCGUGUUUGUGAACACUGGAUUCACCAAAAACCCAAGUACAAGAUUGUGGCCUGUGUUGGAGACAAAUGAAGUUGCAAGAAGGCUGAUGGAUGGAAUACUCACCAAUAAGAAAAUGAUUUAUGUCCCUUCAUAUAUCACUGUCUCUCUGAUACUGGAGAGGUUUCUUCCUGAGCGUGCCUUGGAAGCUAUAAACCGUGUACAGAACGUUCGAUUUGAAGCUGUGGUUAGCCACAAAACCAAAAUGAAAUGACUAAAUAAACUCCAGCCAGAAAUAUAUUCCCGUUAAUGAUGGGACCUCAGUCUAGAGUUGAUACUUCAAAGCCUCGUUUUACUUUUUUUCAGUCCUCCUCAUA